CAAGGAAAAUCAUUCAUUCAUCAGCCAAAGAAAAAAAAUAAACUUCACUCAAUACCCAAAGAAGAAAAAUCAGAGAUGGCGACGUCAGGAACAUAUGUGACGGAGGUUCCUUUGAAAGGAUCGGCGGAGAAACACUACAAGCGCUGGAAGGCUGAGAACCAUCUCUUCCCCGAUGCCGUUGGCCACCACAUUCAAGGUGUCACCGUCCACGAUGGUGAAUGGGACUCUCAUGGCUCCAUCAGGGCUUGGAACUACACAUGCGACGGGAAACAGGAGGUGUUCAAGGAAAGGAGAGAGAAUGACGAUGAGAAUAUGACGGUAACACUCAGAGGCCUCGAAGGUCACGUGAUGGAGCAGCUUAAAGUCUAUGACGUCAGCUUCCAGUUCAUUCAAAAGUCGCCUAGUGAUAUAGUCUGCAAGAUCACUAUGAUAUGGGAGAAGCGAACCGAUGACUCGCCUGAGCCCAUCAACUACAUGAAGUUCGUCAAGAGCCUUGUCGCAGACAUGGAUCACCACGUUAUCAAAUCCUAAAUCCAUUUCGAACCAUCCUCACCAGAUUCCCCACCGUCAUAUAUGGCUGCCUUUGUGUGUGUGUGAUAAUAAAUGGGGCUCUUGUAUGUUUUCAUUAAAUCAAUAUAUUUCUGUUUGUGUAUUGUAAUAUGCUUUGAUGUUGUUAUUAUGGUGAUUAAUCUCGAGGUUUCAUGUAUUCUGAGUCUAUCAGUUAACUAUAUGUAUCCUUGUUCAGUUCCAAGAAAAGAAAAUAUAUGCAUCCUUGUUAAUUAAUGA